UGGAAGGCGGUGGUGAACAUGAUCACAUCAAUGCCGCAAUCGCUUUUUCAUCUACAUCAUCUACUACAACUUCCGAACAGGGCAUAUCGGUUGCAGAAAAGACCGAAGUAGAGGCGCGGUCGCCGCCGCGAGCAGGACCACAUCUUCAAUCUGUGGAGCGACCCGAUGUAGGAGCUCAACACUAUACAAGGCUCCGGCGGGAAAAUUAUAAACCGGAAAACGCGCAGCGAGUCGACGGAUUUCACGUGCUGGACGAUGUGCCUCCUCCUCCAGCGAGUAACAAGUGGAAGAUGAAUGAACAACUCCAGGAAGACGGUGCCUUGCUGCCGCCUUCAAUACGACCGCAACACGCCGCGCCCGGUGGAGACGAGGAAGCGGCGAUUUUAGUGCAGAAGUCAGCGGGAAGGAUAAGGAAUGUCCUUUCGCCAUCGCCAGCAGUCGACUUCUUGAACCAGGUAGCGGCCAACAAGUACGCCACGACCAGGAGUACAACUGCUGGAACGACAACGAGGACGAAGGCACGCGUUAGCAUACAGAAGGGUGAAUUUGCAGUGAAUUUGUAUUGCGUGGCAUGAUGCAUGAAUUAUGAAUUAAGGGGCAUAUGAAGAACACGAGGAGGACACCAGGCAGUCAGCGUUCCGUGUAGUUGAAAGGCUAGCACUUGCCUGGUGCCAUUUGGAUGGUGACGCUCACUGUCAGAGCCUAAAGUAGAGACGCACGUCUUUGCUGCCUGGUGCGUUGCCAAGAAGCAAAGGCGGCCUGUGGCGAUCUCACAAUACAACACUGCCUCUGCGGAGUCCAUAGGGGGUCGAGAGGGAGGGGGCCGAAGCCUCAACAGGAGAGGGGCACUGGGUCAACAUCUAAAUGGGUAGCUCUCACGGGUUGCGGCUGGCUCGGCUUGGAUGUCCUCUGGAGGCAUGUUGCAAUGGAUGCUUGCAUCGCCUGCUUUGCUCUGUAGCUCGCAUCUCUCCAGUUGUGUUCCUGCCUCAUCUUGUUCGGGUCCUCUAGUCUUCUUCGACGUGAUCCCCAGGUCAGAAAUUCUCCUGGUGAAUUUUGAGGCUUUUUCUUUUUGUUAAACUUUUCUGGAGCUCCAAAACCCGGAGUUUCUCAUGCGCUAGCGAAUUUUGAGCAGGGACCGCAGGCCAAAAUUCACUCCCGCCCUUUUCAAAAUUCACCCCAAAAUUCACCGGGCGCCCCUUUUCGACCGUGAUAAGCAAAAUUCAGCGCAGAAAAGUGCUCAAGGAAGUCCGCAAAUAGGCCCUGGGAAGUGGGGCCGAGGGGAAAAGACAAGCGCCCUCUGCUGCCCUCAGCCCGUCUAUAUUCUGCCGAAAAGGCCGGGAGAGUUCACACGCCUGCCGGAUAGACGCGUCAAAGCUCCCGGCCUGGUCGUUUCACUCUUGCCUUCGCGCCUUCUUGCCUAAUUGCUUUUGCUUCGCAGCACUUUCUUUUUGGCGUCUUUGCCGCGGCUGCUGCAGUGCUCUUAUGCGAGCACAGGGAGACGAAUAGACAUGGCCAAAGAACGGCACCCAGGCCAUGUCUAGAAGCUGCCCGCCGCAUAAGCCUUGACUUCUGCGGUGUGCAGAACCCACUUCCCAGAAGGCCAAGAGGGACAAUGUCCCGGCGGACUCAUCUGCAAUUUGUCAUGCAAAAUUCACUACAAAUUCGCCACUUCUCAUGCUAACGGGUGUUAAAGCUCUAGACAAGCACGACACGACCAGGAGUACAACUGCUGGAACGACAACGAGGACGGAAGCACGCGCGCCUGCUGUUGUUGAUGUUUCGCAAGAUGAAGUUGUUGACCAGCAAGCCGAAGAAGAAAAAACGAUAGAGGGACCACGACCACGACCACGACCACGACCACGACCACGACCACAAGGAACAAUAGCUACGGCUGCAACAUUGUUGGAGAAGAUGAAAUUGAGGCGCAAUAGAAGAGGUACCAGCGGUGUAUUAGUACCUUCCACGCAGAAAAGUAAAAAUGGAAACUACAGGUCCUCCAGCACCUCCAUUGAAGAUUCUGAGGUUGCCCUUGCCUCUGCGGUAUCGAAUUCGCAGAGAAACAAGAGGAAAAGGAACAUCGAGGACCACAUGAGCAGCGGGUUUUCAAAACUCGCAGACCAUGAAAAAUUUGAGCCGAAGCUUGUGCUGGACCAGAAGCCACUCGCCGCCCUUUCGUUCGGCCGGCGGACCACCUCCGCGUCGAAAGUACAACAGGAGCAGCCGCUUUGCUCUGCUUUGCGCCCCACCACCUUCAUUCCGGUUCUCUCCGAGCACCGGGGACGGGCGUUUGGGAAAAUUACCAGCGCGGAGGCGAACGUGACAAGCACCGGCCGCGUGGUUGUCUUGGGCACCACGGCAGGAGGACACGACAUCAGCGGUGGUGCAGCGCCGGCUAACGGCGCCACGAUAAGUGAUAGUGGUGCAAGUAGUACUAAAGAUCACGAUGAGGCCGCAAGAACACAAGCGAGGACUUCUCUACAGCAGUUUCUGGACGGCUAUAAUGCCACAACCUCCAGUAUUUCUGUGCACUCUUGCCCCGACGGGAUGGACCCCUUCCGGGAACAGCUGCGCCAGCUGAAACAGCUGCACGAGCUCCGCAGCUCCUUGGAGCAGCCGACGGUGACAGAACGCAUCCAGGCCGAGACCGCCGUCGCGAGCUACCUGUUCGAAGAAAAGGCCCCGCUGGCGCUGGUGCCGCUGACCGCGACUAGUGGAAACAUUAAAAUGGGCCUCACAGGAAGUCGUGCAGCAGCUCUUGAGGACACAAGUGUCGGGGCGGGGGCAGCUACGAGCUUCUUGUCGACGUCUUCAAACGCGGCCGGAAGUGUUUACGAUCCCGCGGUCGUGGCGCAACCAGAUGAGAAGAUGAACAACAACGUGACAGCAGCAUCCGCCGCCGGCACAAUACCUCCUUCUAGCCGGGUCGUCCAAGUGACUGCGCAGUUGCCCCUCCGGUUGCUUAGCCAGCUCUUGAACAGCAGCAGCAGCAUCACCACCCGGAACAAUGAGACUGACAGCAAAAGUCCAUCCACGACUGCUCUGCCGGUGUUUUUUAACCGCCUGGUCACCGACACGGAGAUGCCCACGGGGGAGGAGGAGGACUUCGGCUUGCGUUUUUGGUGGAACAUGAGUACCCCACUCACCCCGAUCGGCUCCAUCGACUUGCGCAGUUUACGGGAAGUAGAAGUUCGUGAGCUGAUGAAAAACGAUACUGUAGAAGAAGUUGCAACCCAGAACACGACAACAAACUUGGCGGAAGUGGACGAAAAAGAUCUUUCCCCGGAUGAACAGAAUGAGCAAGACGAGGACGGAAACAAUAAACUAAUCUCCGUUUUUGCCGAGGUCCAGCUGAAUGAAGACGUUGACGAAAGUUGUGUGCCCGCCACCCGAGGCGGACCCGGCGAGGGGGGACAGGCACUGCAGGUGGAGGAAAGCCUGUUUCCGAAUUUGAUGAUGGCCGUGAACAUGCGCGACGCGGUAUCAUUUGUAAAAGCGUCCCCGCACGACCAGAGUCAAGAUGGGAAAUCCGCUAGACAAAUCAGCCAGCUUUGGUCGUUUGGCAUGACAAGUUUGUCCUCGUAGUGUAAUCCUCUUUAGGUAGUUCAGCAGGAUGACAGAUCUAGUAUAUCAUUCUGAUUAUAGCAUCACAAAUUCCAAAACACGGCCAGACAAUGCCUCCUAUGGCGCUCCGCAUGAGAAACUUUUUUUGCAUGCAGAUUUGCAUGACAGCGCUGGGGUGGGGACGUUUUUACUCAGAAUACGCGGUGGACUACGUGAGCAAAAUGAUGGCGGACGCGAUAUGGCGUUCUCAACUGUUACAUUCUCAACUGUUACAUGAAUUUGUCAUGCAAGACUGGCAAAAGUGAAAGGAGGAAGAUUGCGCCUUUUGCAUUACAAGUUUGGCGCAGAUUUAGAUGCUGUUUAGCACUUCCGACAUUUGUCAUGCGAAGCAGCUCGAUCAUCUGGCGGCUGAAGGCACUUUUGCAUGACAAAUCCAUGUAACAGUUGAGAAUGUAACGUUUGAGAGCGCCAUACGCGAAAAACGACUCCGCGCUGCUCGGUGUAGAAGUCGAGUAUCCUGAGUUUAAGACGUCCCCACCCCAGAGUUGAGUUCUUGGCGUGCAGAUUUGCAGUUACAGGAAGAUUUGUAAUGCGCAUCCCCAUGAUGAGUGGCAUUUCCAAUUGACUUUUGGAAUUUGUAGUGCUGUAUGUAAACAGGAUAAGCAGAUGGCUUUGCGGUGCGGCUGCACCUCCUAAACUGCACUACAAUACGGAGAGGGACCUGUCAUGCGUGACUCCUUAGAGUUCUGGAUUUGUCUUGCGCGAUCCACAUCUUGGCUCUGGGGUGGGGACUUUUUUGCACAGGAUAUUAUCGAGAGGAACGCUGUCAAUAUCUCCUGCACAGUCGAGGGGAGCAGUAGUGUUGGGCAGCAAGAAGAUGAAGCUGAAACGUCGCCCAACGCCGUGACAGGACGUCUGGACGACACCGGGGACGAUAGCGCUAGCAGUCAAACUGGUGAGAACAGCACGUACCUCGUGGAGCAUUUGCGAUCCAAGAUCCGACGUCUGCGCGACGAACCCCUGUGGCUGGAGGCUGCAAGGUCGAAACUGGGCACGCUGGUGCGGAAUGAAGGGUACCUGGACGAAGACACGAAGGAGGGACUUUAUAAUUUCCAGAUAGUCGUGCAAAAUGAAAAUACGAAUGAAAACACAAACUGCAGUGCGGCCAAUGAUGACGUUGACAAUCAUGUUGACGAGCAGGAAAAAAUGCACCGCGUCUGCCUUUUGCAGCUUCCCGUGCCCGUAUCAAUGCGAAAGGAUGAUAUCAUUACAGGCGAAAAUGAACUCCUUCUCCCCUUUGCCACCGCAGACUUUGUGAUUCCGUCCGUAGAACAAAACCAGGAGAACGAAACCAGCGGCAGCUCGCUGCUCUCCGCGUUCACUUCUGACGAUGAUGAAAAGCAGCCAAGAACUUCUGCUGCCAAAAACAGGACAUUUGUCGCGCACCUGGUCGCCACCGGGCACGGGUGGGAGAAUAUCACACAGAAAAAAGUCGGCAGGUCACAUUUGUAAUGCAAAACUAAAUACACAAAAAAAUCUGUAUUGCAUAUCCUAAACAGCAUGCUAUGGGGCCGCCCAUGACAGUUUUUUCUGUGUAUUUGAUUUUGCAUUACACGUAUGCCCUGCCUGCUUUUUUCUCUGGGAUAGAGAAGACCAGUCUGCAGUGCGGCGAGUACUGCAAAGUGCAGUACCGGUUCCGCUUCGAGCCCGUCGCUAUGCAUUUUCGCAAAAGUAUCGUACUACCACGUAGAAUACAUGGGAUGACAAUAGUACAUUUCGACGUCAGCAUGAGACACGAAAUCAUCUGUAAUGCGGAUUUGGCUCAAGUGCGCCGAGUAGAUUUGUAUGACUAUGCACGACUCCUGUGUUGAUUACUGCGAGUGCGAUGCUUUUACAUUUCAUACUAGUCGAGGGGGCGGUCGUACAAGACACAGAAACAAUUCCGCAGAAUGAAGAUCACAGGAACACUUCCUACACCGUCCGCCAGUGGCGCGAAGACUGCAAGUGGAACCCCAACGGCGCGACGCAGGGCGGGACCUGGUGGGAAAGCCGCAACGGUUGGUGCCCCGGCGCGGUGAGUAUCCUGAGUAAAAACGUACCCACACCAGAGUUGUAAUGCAAAUCUGCAUGCUGAAAAUGUUUCUCAUUUGGAGCUCCAUGAGAAGCAUUUUCUAGUCGUGUUUUGCAAUUUGUCAUGCUCCAAUCAGCAUGGUAUGAUAGAUCUCUGAUGCUGCUGAGCUAGCUCAAACAGCACUACACUACGAAUCCAAAUUUGUCAUGCAAAACAGCCAAAACUUGUGGAUAAUCCACAAGUUUUGGCUGUCUCCCCAGUUUUGGCUGUCUCCCCUAGACAAAUCCAGGAUUUGUCUAGCCGAUUCCCCAUCUUGACUCUGGUGUGGGUACGUUUUUACUCAGGAUAGUGAGUGUGGGGAGUUUUGUGGAUGUGUCGAAGAGUUUCGAUAUCGUGGCUCAGGAAGAUGUAUGAACUGCAAAAGUAUCGUACUCGUAUAAAUGCAUUACAAAUUUCCUCAGCAUGAGAAAUAAAUCUUGUAAUGCUGAUUUACCAAAGGAAAAUGCAUGAUUGCACUUACUACGAGUGCGAUACUUUUGCACAGAAUAAGACGAAGAAAACGCGGCGUCAUUGUCUGCAACCUUUUUCGGCGGCGAAGAACAAGAUAAAAGUAGCCGGUUAUUUCGGCUAUCGUAAGGAAAAUCCACCCCCCUCCCCUUAUCGAAAAGAAAAUUUGCGAUGCUGAUUUGUGACCACAAAUCAGCUUCGUCUUGCGUACAAGGCAAACGGCACCGGUGUGGCGCAUGGUGCAGCGAGUCUGUCAUGCGUUUUCGCCUUUUCUAGAGUUGUUUCUCAUGCUCACAGCUGCUAGCCGGAUGCGUAGUACCCAAAUGGGCUUAGAAUAUUAUGCCGACAGGCUCUUGCUGCAAUACAAAGUUCAUCUGUGUACACAAAUCCAGCGACACAAAUUGUCUAUGUCUUUUGAUGAAUAUGGGGCGGGGGCUUCUUUCACUUUGAUAUCGGCUGUAUCUCUACGCCACCGUCUGGAACAACGACACGCAGGCGUUUGAGCCCUUUGUCGACUACGGAGGUUUUCUCGAUGAGCAGCGCAGUACCCUGCACCUGCAGCUGAACCUCAUGGUCUACGACCAACCCUGCCAGGUCCCGGAACAGCUGCGGCUGCCGUACGAGUGGCAUAAAAACGAGGGUGAUUUAAGGCACCUUGACGGAGCAGCUGCGCCACUAGGUGGAGGCACUGCUACUGCGGAAGAAACGAGCGACUACGUGGAAGAUAGUGAUGACGGACUCGAAAAUCCAAACGUCCCAGACACCAGCCAAGAAUCUGCACUCGACCAGCAGUAUGGAUUGCAAAUAUGUCUGGGUCUGGAAACUUGUAAUGCUAAAAGUGAAUAAUAGACGCGCCGCACUACGCAGCUAUGCAUGACAAAUUUUGUGGCUGCCAUGUCUUAAGUACGUAUUCCGCAUGGCAAACUGCCUUUUCGCAUGACAGUUAAGGGGGCUCUUUCGUACCUAUGCAACACAGAUUCUCGACUCAUGCCAGACAAGCAUGACAAACUUGCAUUCUUCCAGACCCAGACACUUUUGCAUUUGAUAAGCAGAUUAAGGAGGCGCGGAGAGUUGCCGAGUGGCUCACGAGUGAAGAUGGUGCUUCGAAUUAUAGCUCCGAUGGUCCUGCAGCUGCAUCAGAAGAUGCAAAUACGCCACGCAGUCUACUUGCACAAGAUACCUCUGGCCUGGUCCGGUUUCCGGAACAAUCUAGUACAACUAGUUCAGUUGUGCCGUCGCGCUCGCAGCUACAGUCGUUUUCCAAUGGAAAGAAAAAUUCGACUUUUGAUGUCGUGGAAACACCGCAAGGGAACGACGAGCUUUUACAUAUUCCUGCAGAUAUGCAUUGCAAAUAUGUCUGGUCAUCUGGAAGAAUGCAAAGUUUGUCAUGCUCGGCCAGCAUGAUUCUCAAGUCUGUCAUGCACGUUACUUAUAGUAAAAGCAUCCUUCACAGUUUUCUGUCACACAGAAACGCAGUUUGCCAUGCAGAACAGCAGGCAACACCUAGCAGCUGAGAAACUUGUCAUGCGUGGCCGCCAGUUGAGACCAGACGUCGUCUUCAUGAUUCUCCAGCCAGCAUCACAGACAAGUGUCCAGACCGAGGCAUAUUUGCAAGGCAUACCAGAAGUGCUCGAACAACACGAGGAUCGUCGUUCUCCUUUCGGGGAUCAUAUCAACUGCAAAAAAUAUCCCUGGAUGUUGUCUGGAAGGUUGAAACUUGUGAUGCUGUCUUUGGAUUUCAAAGAAAUCUGUAUUGCAUGACGACCAGCAAGAGGUCGAGGAGUCCCGUCUGUGCUACGCGGCGAGGGCAUUUCUCAUGAUGCGGAAUUGGCAUCAGGAAGCCCGCUAAACAUCUGUGAUGCUAGGUCAUGCAUUACAGACGAGACGUCAUGGGUCGUCAUGCAAAACAUGCAUGACAUUGUCAGGUUUGUCAGACAAACCUGGCAAUGAUCUUCCAGACCCCGACACAUUUUUUGUACUUGAUAGCGGCCGCUUCCACCGCAACGUCGUGGCACCUUCUGCCCGACAACUACUUCCGUACUAGUGUCUCUGACCCCGCCGCCGUUCGGUCGGGCGAUGUUGAGGGUGACAAAAAUCCUUGGCGUCGUGAAGAAGAUGAGACAACAAGAAGUGCGGCGGCGCUCUAUUACAAUGAAAAAUGCCCCCACCCCAGGAUUUGCAAAAGUUUCUGAUGCAAAGUUUCCAAAAGAAAACAACUUUUUAUCUUGCAUGGAAGGACUGCGAGUCUUUCUGAUGCAGAAUCUAGGCGCGCAAGGUAUCUUUUGCAUCUUUGCAUAAGGGAUCCGGCUGGUGCUGCUGGGCUCUUUGCAAUACAAAUUUGAGCUAUUCAGCAUGGAAAAUUUGUGAUGCUGAUAUUAUAUGCAGACCAAGACGUGGCGGAAUGUUGUUUCUAUUGGAAAGGUUUGCAAUGCAAAUGCCGCCAAGUAGUUGGUUCUGGGGUGGGGGUAUUUUUCAUUUCAAUACGCUCUACCAGAACGGAACGCAAAGCGGCAGUGGUGUCGACCAGUCGAUCCUUUUCUCGGAGAACUGGGACUUUGGCGCGGCGGCUGAGCGGGAAUACCAGAGGUUCCAGCUCGCGCGCGAACUGGGGAGUGCGAAUGUCGUAAAAUCCGUGCUGUUGUUCAACGAAACCCCGAAAGCUGGACGAGUGACGUUCGAAAAUCGGCAGGAGCUGUUCGGCGCGGAGGUGCUGGAGAAAGGGGGGUUUGAUCAAAUCGUCUUGCACUUCCAACUGCUCGGACCCGGUGGCAAUUUGACGAUCGAUCCCUGGGACCGGCUGGGAUCUUUCGGCAUGGUGUUGGAGUCGAACUAGGUACGACCAUGGAAAUAAGUAACGUAGCUCCGCAUUUUUGAAGAUUUAUUUUUCUUGAUAAAAUUGCCUUGCGGAGUCUCGUCUGCCAAGCGAUGGAUCUACAGCUCUCAUGCUGCAACUACACCUUAAGGUCAAAAAGAAAUAAAUCAACGUACCGCUCGGAGCAUUGACAAAUGAACGUACUUUCUGUUCCUGUAUGGUCACAAUGUUUUAUUUGAAGUAUUGAUACAAAUACUUCUUCAGUGAUUUCACCUUCA